GGAAUAAUUUGUAUCAGGCACAUGGAAAGAUACCCGCCGAGUGGCUGCUUUAGGGGAGGGAAGGAGAAGGGAGAAGAGGGGGAGGGGAAAGGUCCUCGUCUCGUCGUCCGGGAGGGGAGGGACGCGGUGCGCCCAACUCAAGGUAGAGGGCAAAGGGCAAAGUUCAGCGCGGAUCCGCAGGCCCGACUCGCGCUCACUAUGGCGGCCUCCGCAGCGGGGUUACAGCCAGACGCGGCCGUGGUGGUGGUAGGCUCCUGCAUGACCGACCUGGUCAGCCUUACAUCACGUCUGCCCAAAACUGGAGAAACCAUCCAUGGACAUAAGUUUUUUAUUGGCUUUGGAGGAAAAGGUGCCAACCAGUGUGUGCAAGCAGCCCGGCUUGGAGCUAAGACUUCCAUAGUGUGCAAGGUUGGCAAAGAUUCUUUUGGCAGUGAUUAUAUAGAAAACUUAAAACGAAAUGGUAUUUCUACAGAAUUUAUGUUUCAGACCAAAGAAGCUUCUACAGGAGCUGCUUCAAUAAUUGUCAAUAAUGAAGGACAGAAUAUUAUCGUCAUCGUGGCCGGAGCAAACUUGCUGUUGAAUUCUGAUGACCUGAGGAAGGCAGCUGAUAUCAUUAGCCGAGCCAAAGUAAUUAUCUGCCAGCUAGAAAUAUCUCCAGCUACUUCUCUGGAAGCCCUGACAAUGGCCCACAAAAGCGGAGUAAAGACCCUGUUUAAUCCUGCUCCUGCCACAGCUGACCUUGAUGCACAGUUCUAUACUAUCUCGGAUAUUUUCUGCUGCAAUGAAAGUGAGGCUGAAAUUUUAACUGGGCUUACAAUUAGUAGCCCUGCAGCAGCUGGAAAGGCUGGAUCAGUGCUGAUCGAAAGGGGUUGCAAGAUAGUAAUCAUUACCCUAGGUGCUGAAGGAUGUGUGUUUGUAUCAGCCGAAGAACCUGGCCCAAAGCAUAUUCCCACACAGAAGGUCAUCAAACCUGUGGAUACUACGGGAGCUGGAGAUAGUUUUGUGGGAGCAUUGGCCUUCUACCUGGCUUAUUAUCCUAACCUGCCUAUGGAAGAAAUGAUCAAGAGAGCCAGCUUCAUUGCAUCAGUCAGCGUCCAGUCUUCAGGAACCCAGACUUCUUUCCCUUAUAAAAAGGACCUGCCACUUAAUCUGUUUUGAUUAAGAUUAUAAGGUUUAUGUGCAUGCAGUUAAUGUGAACUACAUGAAGGCAGAGAAUUCAAGUACCUUCUACACUACAACAUGCUUUCCUUUACAUACAAGGAUGUUCACCCACCAUGGACAGGGUACCUGCUCUCUGUUGUUUAUACAGUAAUGGUAACUGAUUCCUCUUAUAUACUUUUGCAAAGCAACUGGCCAGGAUUAGGAGUGCAGCACGAGGCUAGGCUGGGGUUUUGCAAGGAACUACAAUUUCAUCACUAUUUGAAAAACAAUUAAAAGACAUAUCCUAAUGACAGUGGAUUGGUAGCAUCACACAUGUCCUAUACUGCCUUGCAUAUAGUCAGCACUCAAUAAAUGUUCAGUGAUUGAAUGGAAUAAGUAAAUGAAUAAGUGAACAAUUUUUUGAGGUUCCUAAAUUUAAAUCUAAAAAAACAACAGAUCCCCUGCAUAUAGCUUCCAAACAGGCUCAGUAGGGGACAUAGAAUGAACAAACUAUUUGGCCCAAGGCUUAAUCAUACAAGCUUAUAGCUAUUUAUCAAAGCAAUGCCUUGAAAUAGCCAAUUCUUUCUGAAAUUUCAACACUAUUUGAGCCUGCUUUGGAAACAGAAUUUGGGACAGGGCUCUAGUAAAUGGCCACUUGGUAUCUUUCCAUCUCUAGUUUUCCAUAUGAAGCCAAAGUGCAGACUUUAACCAUCCCACAAACUAGCCUGUGCCCACGGAAAGACUAGGAUUUUGUAACAUUUUCAGCCACAGUGUCAUUUCUUCUCUCACCACUGCUAAUCCUGAGAUUCUCAGUCUCAGAGAUGGAAACUACCUAGUACUUGAGUGGGAAUGGCUGCUUUUUGGUUUCCCACUGGAGAUUUCCUUAUAGCCAUGCAUUUAGGGAACAGUGGAUUUGUAAGAAAUGGCUAAGGAGAAUGGGGGGUGCUUCUUUGAAAAAGGCAGAUGUCUUCACCAGAAAAUGGGACCCCAAGCUUCAUUUGACACAUACUGAACCGGUAAACAGGGUCACAGAGUAUUGAGCUGAAACAGGUGAUUUACUAAUCAGGGUCACAGAGUAUUGAGCUGAAACAGGUGAUUUACUAAUCCAGCUGCCUCGAUGAGGGAAUUGCCCAAAAUCAGAAAGCUGCAGCUGAUGGAGCCAGGCCAAAGGCACAUCUUCUGCCUCUUAAGCCCACUACCUUCAUACACUGGUUUCUAGUCCUGGUGCUGCCAACUGCCAACUGCCAGCUGUGUGAUACAGGGCAACUUUCCAAACUUCUUUGAGCAUAUUUCAUCAAGAAUUUGGGCUAAAUGAUGGUUUCCUUCACUUCUAAGAUUCUACAAUGCAAAACUAGUUACUGCAACCAUGUGAAGGCACUAGACCAUCCUACUCCUACUGUGUGAUCACAAAACUUCUGCAAAAUAAAUAGCUCUCCCUAGUAAACAGGCCGAGUUCAGUUCUCUAAGGUAGAAGUAUGAAUGAGUGACACUAUCUGUGCUAAAAAUAAGACUUCUUUAAGUGAUCUGGGCUUAAGAAGGUUGGCUAACUUCAAUAUUUUUUCUAAUUACAUAAGUACAAAAGGGGUUCUCUGGGGGGGGGGGGUUGGCAUUCUAAAUCCUCCCUAUUGGGGUUCCGUACUUUUCCUUUUCAUUUCUGCCUUUACCCUGGCACUUGUAGGAUCAUUCUGAAAAGUUAAUUCUUGCUCUUCUCUGGGGUAAAAAGUGGGGCUAGAAAUUCUUGCAUCAGAAGCUCUAUUAUGGAAAUUUUUCAUUUCUUGUUAUUAUAUGAAACAAUGGUCAUUUUUAGAAAAUCAUACUGUUAAAAAAUCAGUGGAAAAAAAUCAUUAAGAGACAAUAGUACUAGCUAUUUUAAUUUUUUUUUAUUGAAGGCUGUAAAAAUAACCAGAAAGAUAAAUAAAUGUUGAUGCAAUGAUCUAUGUCCUAAAGUGAA